AUGAAGUUAUACAUAGCUUGCUGGUUUCUUGGAGCAUCCGUGCAAAGUGCAGUAUUCUUUUCUUUCAAUGCAGUUGAUUACUUCAACUUUUUUUUCCCAAAUGAUUAUAAGCCCGAAUUGUAUGUUGGAGUUAGUGGUGUUGCAGCAUGUGCAGGUGCUGUUUUAACGGUAAUUUUUCCUCCACGUGGUAAAAAUCUUACAGUUAUAUUGUUAACACAGAUAUUUUCAGCUGUAUUACUAAUCGUAGUAGUUGUGUUGACACCAAUGGAGACGAUUUCGAUUCCUAAACGUUUUGGCACAGUUCUUGCUGUCAUAUUUCUUGCAGCUAUUGUGCAGAACUUUGGUGGUGGUGCACUUUAUGAUUUUUUGGGUAAACAAUUUCCGAGUUUUGGCGUCCAUGCAGCUCAGUCUGGAGGCGUCGGUGCUUUUGCUGCUACUUUUGUGAUUCGUUGCGUCUCAAAAGGUUCAUUUUCUCAUGAAAGUGACAAGAAGCGUGGCUUUCGACUAAGCGGCUAUCUUUUUGUCGCUCUUGUCGAUUUGAUUAUCAUUGUUGCAUGCGUUCUAAUGCAAGUCCUAAAACAUCAUCAAAGGCAAAACUACAUCAAACGAUUCAAACAUGUAAAUUCGGAAAAAGCUAAUGAAAGCACACCACUUAUUAGAAGCAAUGAAUUUAACUCAAGUCUCUCUCGACGAAACGUCAUUCGAAAUAACUUGCCAGCGCUUCUUAUGAUUGCCUUGACAUUGUUGAUAUCGAAUGCUCUUUUUCCAGGAAUCACUGCAGAGUUUCAUGGAAAUCACAACUGUUCAACAACAUCUCAGUUGAAUCAUACAAUAAAUUUUUCAUUAUCUAAGAAUCCAACAGCUGAACCUCACACAACCGUGGAGGGAAAAGGUGAUACGACAGGUUGGUUUAUGGUUAUUCUUUUUGGCUGUUACUCUGUUGCAGAUGCAAUUGGAAAAAACCUCCCAAUUCUAGGAAUAAUUUACAACAAAAGAACAGUAAUAGUUAAUUGCCUCAUUCAAUUGAUUAUUGCCAUACCAAUAUUACUUAUUUACUUUGAGCCAUGUUACCAAGGAUUACAAGCAGAUUGGGUAGCGUACUUAACUGUUGGAUUGUUGGGCCUUAUUAAUGGUUAUGGUUUGUGUGCAGCGAUGAUGCUACUCGCCCCAGGAGAAGAAGGCAAAAAAUACGAAGAAGGACUGGCGACCAGUAUUGGAUAUAUGUUCUUACAAACAGGGAUUUUAUUAGGCACAUCGCUUUCUGUCUUCUUAGUUGAAUAUGUAUUUAAACAAACAAAUUAA